GUUCCCGGCAAACGCAAACGCCCGCAAUCCAUUAAAAUCCCCCCACUCUCUUCUCGCCGCCCACCCAAAAUCUCCUCUGCUCCUUCUUCUUCUUCUUCUUCUUCUUCUUCUUCCAUCUGACCGAGCACCACCCGCAAUCUCUCGAAUCCAUGGCGGCGCCGCCGGGCUCGACGCGGCUGCGGAUCGGCGAAGACGUAACCUGGUCGGACGUGGGCGGCGUGUACGAGCGCGACGACUCGCUCAAGGAGAACACCAACCCCAAGUGCCUCCUCAAGAACGUCCACCACCAUGGCGGAUCGCAGCGCGUCUCCGGGAACCUCAAGCCGACCGCGGCGCCCAUCAUCGGCCUCUCAGGCAAGCUCGGCGGCGGCGGGAGGAGGAACCACCACAGCCAUCAGCACCACCAGCAGCACCCGCCGGCGAUGUUCCCGAGGAAGGCCAAGACGGGCGGCGGCGGGCGGGAGGCCAGGCAGGGCGUUCCGGAGCCCGGGUCUCCCCAGGUGUCCUGCAUCGGGAAGGUCCUCUCCGAGCGGGAGCGGGCUCGCCGCCGCAGCCAUCACCGCCCUCCGCCGCCGGAGAUGGAGGAGACGACGAGCAGAGGAGGCGGAGGGGGAGGGGGAGGGGGAGGGUGCUGUCCUGGGUUCGGCGGGUUCAUGGGGCUCCGCCGAAGCCGGUCGCGGAAGAGCGCCGUGGACAGCGUCGUCGACUGGUCCCCGCCUCCUCCGCCGCGGAGGGAGGCGAAGCCGGCGAUCGACGUGCUGGAGCAAGACCCGCCGGCUCCGGCACCGGGGCUGGGAGGGGUGAUGCGGUUCGCGUCGGGGAGGCGGGCGGCGGGCUGGGCGGCGGCCGGGGCUGAUGAAGACGACCGCGUGGCGAAAUCUGGGCCCUUGUAGCAUUCUUUCGCGCGCAUCGAAAUGGGGAUUUUUCUUCUUUCUUUUCUCUUGGGUUUGGUUCUUCUGCUGCUUGUUUUUACUGUCGAUGUUUUAGGCUUUCAGUUAAGAUUGUGCGUGUGUGUACAUAUACACCGGAAUUUCUAAUUAGGGUGAUGAGAUUUGGGGCACAAUGAUGAUAUGGAUUGGGAAAGAAAUUACAGGAGUUUUUUUGGUGGCUGAUUAAUCUGGCGCUUCUGUUUCUGGUUUUGGUUUGUUGCAAGCUCACACAAUACAUGUUCUUCAGGGAGGAGUGCUGUGUAUGACUGUACAAAUUUGGUGAGAAAUUCAAGGACUGUUCUUGAUUACAAAA